UUUCCAAAGAGGCGAAGAGUCAGCAUCUCCAAUUUCUGUCUACAGUAAAACGAGAGAGAAAACGCAUCCUCUGUUGAGUUCAGUGGAACAAGCGCACAUUCUUCCUCUGCGGAGACUUUGAGUCCGUGCGCAUCUGGAUAUUGCUGCGAGUGACAUCUUAUAUUAUAUGAUAUUAUCAGGCUUUCUCCUGGAGCUGGAGCACUUCAUAACGGAGCGCGCUGUCCAAAGUCAAAGUGCACGUUGAUUGCAAAAAGGCAGCAAGAAACGACAGAAAAGUAAAGCGAUCCAAGGGAGUGGAGAAAGGCGAAGGGACCUGGCCGAGGAGACAUGUUUGGCAUGCUCAAGAAUUCGCUCUUCGGAACCACCGAGGAGACUGAAUAUAAACUGCUCAGCAGUGAGACAAAGGAAGGCGUGAGCUUCGAGGUGCGGCGAUAUGAUGCCUCCAAAUACGCUGCCGUCUCUUCUGAAGGACGCUCUUUUGACCAAGUGACAGGCGAACUGGUGAAGAAGCUGCUCAUGUACAUUGGUGGAGACAAUCAACAAGGUGAGGCCAUGGGUACAGCAACUCCCUUGAUCAUCACAGUGUACCCGCGGAAUGACGGCGUUCUUUCGCGCAGGCUGGUCGUCGGCAUCCGCAUCCCCACCAUGUACCAGCAAAGCCCACCGACUCCAACCGACAGUGCGAUAAGGAUUGAGGAGCGGCCUGGCAUGACCGUCUAUGCUCUUCAGUUUGGAGGAUUUGCUGGGGAGAGCGAGUACCGAGCAGAGGCCUUGCGUUUAACGCGCAUCCUGGGUGAGACGGCCCCCUUUCAGCGCAAGCAGUACUUCUGCUGUUGCUUCGACCCACCGUUCAAGCCUUACGGACGCCGCAACGAGGUCUGGUUUCUACAGGAAGAGCCGUAGGAGCCACCGGAUUGCAGUCAGUGCUCGUGCUGAAUUCCUCGUUCAGCCUUACACCAACCACCCUCUCUCUCCUUUAGCUCUAGCAGUAUUUGAUUGGACAGAGCAAUAUGGUGACAUGACCUUUGACCGCACACACACACAUACACACACACACACACAGACAGACAUUACCCACGUUGCCUUCACCCAUCUAAUCUUUUACUUGUCACAUAUACUGUAUAGAUGCCACACUGACGUUAUUGAGGAUUCAUCAUCGGUGCAGUUGUUUCCACUUUAUUGCGUUUCUUUUCUUUUACUUUUGUUUUCUAACUGAAACUCAUGCGAAGUUGUGAUCAGUGAUCAUCACAUUUGAAACAAAUGUAGUGUUAAAAGGGGGGAAUGCAGUUAUCAAUGUCUCAAGUAUUUCAUACAGAGGUUUCAUGUGGAGACUUUGCGUGGCACCAUGGCCGAGUUUCAUUGUCUAAGAUCAGGCAAAGAUGUUGCCUUUAUUACCUUGGUAACACUGGCUUACAGGUGUAAAUCAAAACAAAUAACUUGCUGAGUAUUUUUAUACAAAUGACUUGUAACGGUAAACAUGUCUUUGUUUCUUCUUUAGGGGAUCAUUCAGGUUAUUUAAAGUGUGGUUGUAUGAGAACCUGACACAUAGUGAUCAUCGUUUGCUUUGCACUGUAAACUGGUCACUCCCUGCACCAAAGUCCAUGAGAAAUCCUUUAAUACUAUUUAUAAGACCCAUCUUUUUAACCUGAGCUAUAUUUAUUUAUUUGAACUUUUAGAUUUAUUUAAUGAUU